CGGUACUCGAAUUGUGUAUGUCUUUCUUCCACCGGAAAAGUGUACGCUACAGACGCGGUGUCCCGUAGUUGGUUGGAAGACUCAGUGGUAUGCCAUGGAUUAUGUCAAUGAGGACGUGUCCGCUCGCAUUCUCCUGAAACAUGUCCUUAAUACGGAGCACUCCGUUUCACCAGAGACCAACAGUGCCUCCCAGGCUGCACUCCACUCGUCAGGGUCCAAAAUCAGACGCAGUGCCAGACUGGGGUGUAAAGUUGUGGUCCUUACACCACAGGAGGCCAUCAAACAGAGUAUGAAAAAGAAGCUCCGUGAGAGCACUUACAGGACUUCCCUGCAAAUGCCACCCACUAAGAGGCGGACUAUAUCAGAGGGAGUCAGAAAGAUGAACUCUCCUGCACCAGCCACAACCUCAAUUCUCUGUGACGAUGACAUUACACCUAGACACCUACUCAGGGGGAUCUUGCAGACAGAACCUUCGACAUCCCUGCUUAUUCAAGACCGGCCAGUCAGGAUGGAACCAGAGCAACCCUAUGCAAAUUCCAGUCUUCUCAGCAAUAGCUCAAGUACAGGGCUGUCUGAAUUGGAUCUCCCUGACAUGACCACCACAGUAAACCUGGGCAGUACUGCGAAGGGACUAAGACGGAAGCGACCACGUCGGAGCCUCAACGUAAAUGCAUUUAACAGGCUACUUGAAUCUGGUGAAGAUGGUGGUGGUGGUGGUGAAGGUAGCAGUGCAACAGAAGACCUGUCAUUGCUGUCCUCUGCCUCUCCAAGCUCUGUCACCUUCUCUCUGAAAACACCCUUUGUGGAUCCACAGACUGAGAAAAGGGCAUUUAAAAGGAAUGCACCAAAUCGGAAAAAAAUUACAAUUGAGGAGUUUGAUGAGGCGUUGCAAAAUCAACAGGUGGCAAUGAGUGGAGAUACUGAGUUGAGUGAUAGGGAAGAUCAGCGCGGCCUCAGUGAGACAGUUCAGUCCCAGGGGUUAAUGUUGGGACUGAGUGACAUCGUUGACCCUGACAUCACCUUUGACAUAAUCACCAACAAAACAGCUCUUUACGCCCAGCCUGUUGAAACUAAAUCAACCUUCACUACAAAGGACAAAGACACCAUUGCAGCAGCACCUAUCAAGCCAGAAAUGGGAGGCAUGAAGGAUGACGAGGUUCGAGGACAAAAAGAUGAUGAGAUGGAAUUGGAUGACAAAGAUGGAGAGGCGUUGAUGACCGAUGCUGGGCAGAGAGAAGACUCUGUGAGACAGGAAGACUUUAAAUCUCAAACAGAAGAGGUAGCUGAAUCUCAAACAGAAGAAGAGGGAGCUGAUCCUCAGACAGAAGAAGAGGUAGCUGAUCUUCAGACAGAAGAAGAUGUAGUUGAUCCUCAGACAGAAGAAGAGGUAGCUGAUCCUCAGACAGAAGACGAAGAGGUAGCUGAUAAUCAGACAGAAGGAGAAGAGGUAGCUGAUCCUCAGACAGAAGAAGAAGAGGUAGCUGAUCCUCAGACAGAAGAAGUGGUAGCUGAUCCUCAGACAGAAGAAGAAGUGGUAGCUGAUCCUCAGACAGAAGAAGAAGAGGUAGCUGAUCCUCAGACAGAAGAAGAAGAGGUAGCUGAUCCUCAGACAGAAGAGGAAGAGGUAGCUGAUCCUCACACAGAAGAGGAAGAGGUAGCUGAUCCUCACACAGAAGAGGAAGAGGUAGCUGAUCCUCACACAGAAGAGGAAGAGGUUGCUGAUCCUCAGACAGAAGAGGUUGCUGAUCCUCAGACAGAAGAAGAAGAGGUAGCUGAAUGGAAAUUACGCAGUUCAGCAUCUAAUGAAGUGCGUUUCAGUCGGAGAGACUAUCAAUCAGAGGGUGGAGUCCGAGUAACUGGAGGGAUUGCAGAAGGGCGGGGCUACAAGAGUUUGGGAACAGGGCUCCAUCCUUCAGAGACUGGGUCGGCAGGCAGAAGGUCCGGAGGGGACAGUGCUGAUGAUUGGCACAGCAGCCCUGAGGUGGUUGCUAGCAAGAGCAUCCAUCCCCAAACAGAGUACAUUGGCAGCACCCCUCCAUUUCCCCAGGAAGAUGAGAUGGAAGGUUCUAUCAGAACAGGGAACAGCCCUAGCAAUGAAGAGGAGAACGCUGUGCCUUCCUUAGAGAUGACUGGCGAACCUGAGAACAAGGCCCCUGAAAGCAGCUAUUUACCCACGCAUCCAAUCACUGCCCGGAGCCCAGCGGACCACGAGGAGGACUGGGAAGAUGUGGAAGAGGAGGAUAGUAACCAGAGCGAAGAGUUGUCCAUGAAGACCCCUGCAUUUGUCAGAGAGAAGAGGAAUGCUUUGUCCGUUGACCCCCAGAAUACACCAACUGUUUUUAAAGGCCUCCAGCCAAGUGUUCCGGUCGGUGCGGCUGCCAUGAGGAAGCCUGCAGCGGUGAGGGGAAAGACGUCUGGAACCAAGAAGGAUCUGGGUCUCCCUAAGAGCUAUGUCACCAGUGUGUUCAAGCACUUCGCAAAGACCAAGGUGUCCUCAGAUGUCUACCCAGUCCUAAAGGAGAUAAUGGAGCGCUACUUUGACCGUCUUGCUGAUGACUUGGAGGUGUAUGCUGCUCACGCUAACAGAAAGACCAUUGAGGUGGAGGAUGUGGAACUGCUGAUGCGGAGACAGGGGUUUGUUACUGACAGCAUGCCUGUCAAUGUGCUGAUAGAGAAAUAUCUCCCAAUGGAAUCCCGAAAGCUCCUCAUUCCUGUAGCAACAAGUGGUAACUACGUCAUUCCCAAACCGAGGAGAAAAUGAUUUGCCCAAGAAGAGAUUUAUGAGCCCAAACCCUGCUGUUGAGGGCUAAUGUUGUAUAUUUGUUUCUGUCUAUUAAUGGCUGUUCAUGGUUUUGUCAGCCAGCUCAAAACCUGUUUAAAAGAAAAACAAGACAUGAAGCCACAUUUAAAGUUAUUAGAGAAUAUCACUGUAAUAAAAUGUAUUUGAGUUAAUCAGAA